AUGCCCAACAGUAAACUGCGCUGCCAAUAUUAUUGUAUCUGCACUUUCCUUUCUCUGGUCUCCCAUGGUCAUUCACAGUUACAACGGGACCAACUGGAUCUGAUCUUGUUUACAGGAAGUGAAGACGUUUGUAUCCAGGUGACCUCUGUUCCAGCCUCUUUGGUGCCCUACAGUCUGUCUUUCUCUGCCCGGGUGUCCUCUCCUCGUCCAGUCUCUAAAGUAGAGUCCAACUGUCCUCUGGACGCUCUUCAGUACCUCAACACAGAGCAAACCCAGGCUUCGGUCAAGUUGGCUACAGGACACAAGUUUGACAGAGAUGUUGAACUGCUGAUUUAUUACAAAGAUGCCCACCAUCCCACUGCUGUGGUGGAGGCAGGACAAGCCUCUGCCAAGCCUGGUUCUCUGAUUGGUGAUCCAGUGGUGAUGCUGAGCCUGUACCCUGAGUUCCCCCAGGCUGUGAUGUCUUCAGUUGCCUCAUGUGGAGAGUUUGUGUUCUUACUGGAUAGAUCUGGCAGUAUGGAUGGGGCCCGUAUAAAGAGUGCCAGGGAUACUCUGCUGCUCCUGCUGAAGAGCUUACCAAUAGGCUGCUUUUUCAACAUCUACAGUUUUGGGUCCAGUCAUGAACACAUCUUCCCUCAGAGUGUGGAAUACUGCCAGAAGACCAUGGAAGAGGCUCUGAAAAAAGUUGAGGAGAUGGGCGCCGAUCUAGGAGGAACAGAGAUCCUUGAACCCCUCAAACACAUUUACAGCAAACCCUGUAUUCCCAGUCAACCUAGACAACUAUUUGUCUUUACUGACGGGGAGGUGGGGAACACCAAAGAAGUUAUAAAUCAGGUGAAGAAAAAUUCAGGUUCCCACAGGUGUUUCUCUUUUGGCAUUGGGGAAGGGGCCAGCUCUGCUCUUAUCAAUGGGUUGGCCAAGGAAGGAGGAGGUCACGCUCAGUUCAUCACAGGGACUGACAGGAUGCAACCCAAAGUGAUACAGUCGCUGCGUUUUGCUCUGCAACCAGCUGUGGUGGACAUCUCAGUCAAAUGGGAUUUGCCAAAGGGAGUGUCUGUCACUGCUCUCUCUCCACCAAUCACAGCACUUUUCCAGGGUCAAAGGUCACUGGUGUAUGCACAACUCACUGGACAGGUAAGAGCAGCACCUACACAUACUUAUACUCAGUUUGCCUCAUUCAUUCUCAGAGAUAUGUUUUGGCUUUUGCCCUUUACUAUAGGUUUUUCCACAAAGGCUUGUGAGAGUAUUGACACUGAGCAGAUGCAGCCACCCAGAGACCCUUUGCUGCAGCUGGUCUCCCUCCAGAAGGCGUCUGGCUGCUGGGUGCUGGAUCCAGCUCUGGCUGCUGCACUGGGAAAGACCAGCGAGGAGGUGGAAAAGCCCAAGCCUGCAAUGGUGAACCAGGAAGUAUGGGCCACCAUUCUGGCUCUGCUCUGGCUCCAUGGUUUCAAGAUGGAUGCUCAGGAGGAUUGGAAGCUUCUGGCUAUGAAGGCUAGGUCAUGGCUCCGUGCCCAGAAUGCCCCGCAUGUAACAGAGUGUGUGGAAGCUGGGAAUGUUCUGUUGGGAUGCAACAUGCAGAAAGACGCCAUGGGACUCUCAGGUUUUCAUUAAAGUGGCUUGUUUUUAUGAUUGGUACACAGAAUCAUAUUAUCUCCAUAGCAAAAGCUUUACAUCAUGAACAUUAGAUGUUUGCACAGCAGAAAUCGAUUGAUUUGAAAAACACUUUGCACGAUUUUAUGUGAAAAAGAAGAAGCUAUGUUAAAUUUGCAAUCUAUGCCUGUUACAACUAUCGAGGGUUAGGCAUGUAACAACUCUUUCUUUUGCUUGAAAUAUGAAUGUUAAGUUUAUAUAAAACAGUUUUACUUGUGAAAAUGAAACCUGAUGACGGAUAAUUGAAUGAAGAAAUAAAUGCCCUUUCUCAUUUGUGAAGGCACAGAAAAGAUGCAAACUCAUCUUUCUAUGAAAUGUGUGAAAUAUAAAAGAAAAUGACAAAAGCACUACUAUACACCGUACAUUCCCAUUCAAACUGAGGGAGACUGGAUUUAAAAGGGAGUUGGGUGUGUUUUGAUAGCUGUCAUAAAAUGUUAUGUUUUUAAUGUGGCUGAUUUCAUUAAUUCAAUGUCUAUGUGCAAGAAAAUACAGUAUUUUGAUUUUUUAAAAUUAAUUAUGCCUGUUUAUUUCUGUGCUAUGAGGGCAACAGAAGACCUAACCCCAACCUUAGUUUUGCCCUUUUGCAACAAUCCGUGGCAUUUCUUAUGUGAGUGUGUUUUGAAUAUUUUACUGCUCCCCUCAAACUUGUUUGAAGGGAUAGUUCACCCCAUAGUCAAAACGUAAUAUUUUUCCUCUUAGCUGUAGUACUAUUUAUCAAUCUACAUUGUUUUAAUGGGCCUAGUGUUGGAGAUGUCAGCCGUAGAAUUGUCUGCCUUCUCUCUAAUAUAAUGGAACUAUAUGGCACUCGGCUUGUGGUCCUCAAAGUACUAUUUUCUUUCUACUUUAGUUCCUACGUGAAACUGCUCUAGACCAGGUCUGUAGAUCAUCUUGAGUAACGUUUUUUUUUUGCACUUUAAGCACCACCAGCUGUGCUAUCCAAUUACAUUGUUUUUUACUCCCACCUAGUGGUCCUUACGUGUAAUAUUAUUAUUACCUUUAUUAAACAAGGAAAAACCAUAGAAACCCAUUGACAUUAAGAAUCUCUUUUUCAAGGGUGAUCCGGCCAAGACAGGCAGCAGGCAGCAUAUACAAACACAUAGUUACAGACAAGAAACACAAGAGGACAGAGAAAGUACAUCAA